AUGGCAGAUCCUCCGCGGAAGAUGAUUGAGGAUGAGGACGAAUUCCUCCGCGAUGUGGCCGAAUUCCAUGAGAAGAGAGGUACACCCUUCGACCGUGAGGGCAAGGUUAGCGGCCGGCCGAUCUCUCUGUUCAAGCUGUACAAACUGGUCAUGGACAGAGGGGGCUAUGACGCUUUGUCUGCUGAGCGAAUGCAAUGGCGAACGCUCGUCAAGGAGUUUGGCUUUGGCAAGACCCAUGAGGCAGUCAUGACAUUUCAACUCAAAACGGUAUAUUACAAAAAUCUUGCCGCCUACGAAAUCGCUACAUAUUGGGGGGAGGAGCCGCCACCACGAGAAAUCCUCGAAGAUAUCAGUGCAAAAGGAGGCGAUCUGCGAACACGAACCCUUGAAAACUACCCUGUGCCCAACUCUCGCGCUGCGAUCGAGCCUGUUAUGGCGGACAGUGGAGGACCAGAUGUAGACUCUGGCGAAGAUGAGAAUCAGGUCACGCCCAAGCGUGAGAAGACUGAACCAGAAGAGCAAGGAAGUGCAAGCAGAUAUCCCACCCGUCAAUUGAGGCAAGACCCUAAACGCACUCAGCUUUUCCAGCCAGAGAUAGCACCUCCACGCAGUCGCACUCUCCGCGCAACAGACUCUCCCUCUGCUCCACCGCCCCCCUUACAACAGCCUUACACCAACACCUCAAAUGAUCCUCGCAACUCGAGCUUUGACUGGUUUGACAAAUACGAGCCACGACAGCCUGUUGCGCUGACCCUUCGACAAGUCCACACUCCGGGGAAUGAUCCUUUAUACUAUGCUCGCAAGGCACAUGCCAAAGCCGUCAACGCGCCACGAGUUCCCCCCGAGCCACAGCAAUUCCUGAAAUCAUUCAUCCCAGCAGGUUUGAAUGGCCCAAACAUAUACCUGAGGUGUCUCCAUGGUUUGGAAUCAGGUCUCCGAGAAGAGCAGGACUUCGCCUUACACCACCUGGUCAAAGUGUCAUUUGAGCGGGGUGACAAGUACAAAUUCGAGGGAUUUCCUCAUCUUGCUGAGGCUCUACUGGAAAAGGCGCUGGAGAUUACACAACUGAUUUGUGGCGUCAAAUGGGGAAUAACGUACGAGGAAGAUGAUGAAGGUCAACCGCUCAAUACGUUGAACGCGGCCUUCGGGACAUCAAACUUGCUCGAACGCAUACAAGCUGUCCACCCCAAGGUCGUGGACAAAGAUUUGGAGUCUGCCGAAUUCUGCGAGAGAUUGGACAAGUUAAAGGAGGCUGUCCUCGUCCUCCGCAACAUGGUGAUCCUCGAAGAGAAUGCUGUGUUCAUCUCCAAGUUUCCUUUGUUCAGGGACUUCCUCACCCUUGCCCUCUCACUCCCCAACCAACCCCGGAUCAUCGAGUACAAACAGUCGGUUCUCGAAGUUGCAGAGCAAGUGACCAGGUACUGGGAAAUGAAACCCCAAGAUCCGCUCUAUAUGUCACUCCUUCCAUACCUCGAGUCCGACGACCGGAGUAUGAUCAUCUCCGCCUUGCGAUCAAUCAACAGAAUCGGCCUCGAAUUGGCCGAUGCGCAUCGCCUCACUGACGUGCCUCUAUCGACGGUCGAACGGUUAUUUUCAUUCACCCUGCUGGACGACAAUGAGCUGCUGGAGAAUACGCUCGAUUUUCUCUACGAAUAUACGGCUAUUCCAGAGAACAGUACAGAAGUCCUCUCGAACGCUUUCCAUCUUCUACCAAACGUCAUUGCUCGCCUUACGAGUCUUUUGCUCUACCAGUCCAUCAUACACGAAGAGAGCGUCGUGGCGAAACCAACCCCUAAGGCCGCGUCAGUUCCCGCGUCGAUUCCCAUCAUUCCCCCUGAAGUGCAUGCACAUCUUCUGCAAUUCGUCGAGCCCGAACGCUCAUCAAGGUGGCUCCGGUGUUGCUUCGAGGAGUCUCCGACCGAUGACAUUACGCAAAUCGCAAUCUGGCAAGCAUACCAGGGAAAAUUCGCACAGAACAAUCCUGUACCUGCGGCUGACUUCAUCAAGAAUGUGUCCAACACAUUCGUCUCGGCACAGGCGCAAGUGAUUAAUGGUCCGACGCCCAGAUUCAUCAUUAAGGGGAUCAAGCCACGGAGGAUUCUCGUCGAUCUUCAAGGUCGACCACUGUUCAAAUGUCUUUGGGAUAUGUCUCGUCCUGAGAUGCAGGAUCCAAGCGGCCGGGUCCAUCCCCGAAACAUAUGUCCUGUCUGGCAUACAAGACGCGAAACUCUAUGGAACCAUGUUCUGACGGACCAUUUGAGAAUUGAAAAACUCCCCGAUGGACGUUUCAAGGCGAUUGAUGGUGAAUGGGUCUGCCGUUGGGUACAUUGCGGGCGCCAAUCUGCAAUAACCAAGAGCAACCAGCUUGGUCCUCACCUCCGUGUGCAUCUCCCCUCGGCAGCUAGCGAACAGUCUAACGUCAUCCACGCGUUGGCGCAAGACGUAAAAGAUUCGGAUCCCGUCCAGAUGAAGCACGAAUGGCACUAUACGGCAAUGGAUCAGACCUUCCAUCCUUGCGGCAUACCCUGGAUGAGUGUCAUGGUUUUACGGAAUCUGGCGCGAUAUGCAAACAAGCAUGGCCAACCUUUUGAGAAGGACGGGGUUCAGCUUAACGAGAGGUUGUUUGGAGCUCACAAGUAUGGACUCUUUCAUGUGUUGAGCGUCAGUCGGACAUUGCGGGAUUAUGUCAGUGACCUUCUGAGGAUGAUUGACGAGGGUCAGAAAAAUGAGAAGAGAGGCCUGAAGAGGGAACACGAUGAUGAAAGUGAAACUGAAGACUAG